ACCAGAACCUCAACCAACGGAACGACCGCGGGGACGGCAAGUGAGGCGCAUGCAAAUUCAUAAGAAUUGCCUCCAGCUGCAGCCUGCAAUUUGCUGAGGCACAUAGAUACUCGCACAGUUGCUGUUGUAGCUGUUUAGGCGCUGUAAGCAGAUACAACCCGACAGAUAAGCAGCACCCGGCACAUUUCCGCACUCUGCACAGUGGGUCGACUCCAACUCCAGCCGCGACUGCCAGUCUAACUGACUGCCAGCCAGCCCCACUGUUUGUUUAUUAGUCGAGUUGGCGUUAUUUUUGUUGCACUCUGGCAGACAGCCGACGCGCCACAAGAUGCCGAGAAUUUAGCGGAAAAGAAAAUAUAUCCAAAGAUACUAUACAUAGUGCAACGAGCCAAAACAAAGUGCUGGCCAACAAUAUUUUGAGAGUGCGAGUGCACGAGUGAGCGAGUGUUGAGCAACCGCCAAAUACAUUCUAAUAAAAAGCCAGAUAGCCAAGAAGCUCACCAUCCAACCAGCCAACCAGCCAACCAGCCAUCCAGCCAUCCAGCCGUUCAGGCAGCCAUCGUCACAAUUUCCCCAGCGAUCUCAACAGUGCGUAAAUAAAUAAGGAAACACAUUGCAACAGAAGUGCAAAACAUUUUGAGGCAUCUGCAAUAGGUCGGAGUGUGGACGUCGUCGAUAUCGGCUGCGGAGUCUGGAGGCAAGGUGUCCGGGAAAAGCAACGAGCUGUACACUUUUGGCACCAUGGAGGGCGGUUACGUCAACGAAGAGGACUCGGAUGCCAUAAUGGGGGUGGAAAGUCCAGGCGGCCAACUUAAGACAAAAAAUGGCCAAAAAUAUGUGUUCAACGGUCCCCCAUCCGGGGUAUAUGUCUCGAAGACCUGCCUAGUGCUGUCGGCGUUCAUUAUUCUGGUGGCGCUGCUGUCCUCGAUUAUCAUAACAUAUUUUCUGGCCUCGUUUAGCCAGCCCACAACAAGCGGCUGCCUCAAUGGCCAUUCACAAGCAAAUGGACACAAUGACGAGCACAUGCAUACAAAUGCAACGCCUGUGGCAACCGCCAGCAUGUUGAGCAUGUCGCCUCCCGUCAAGGCGCGCUUUGAACCAGUUGAGGCGCCUGUAGGCGACAUACCCAGUAUCAGUGACCACGAGAUCUUUGGCAGCAACAAGACCAAAGUAAAGGCGGCCGAGCGCCCCCUUAAGCUCUUCGAGGGCUGGCGGCCUCUACACUACACCAUUACAAUUGAACCGAACAUUGCAGCCUCUGCAAGCAAUGGCAGUGUCGCCAUUGAAAUCGAACGCGAUGAUAAAGUGUCCACCUGGGAACCCAUUGUUCUAGAUGUGCACAAUGUCAGCAUUACCAACGUGCGAGUCAUACAAGCUACCAAUGACAAUGAAAGCAUCGCUACCGCCACCCCACCCAACAAAGCCAUUCCUGCCGAUGAGUUGGAAGUGGACUUUGAUAGCGACUAUGGCGAGAAUAAUGCAACAUUUGUGAUCAAUCUAUCCAAGGACUUGGUCAGUAAGACCAAGCUGCGGGUUGUGCUGAGUCUGGACUUUGUCAGUCAGGUGACAGACACGCUGCAGGGAGUCUAUAAGACGAGUUAUCUCAAUACAGCCAACAAUAAGCAAGAAUGGAUGGUCAGCACGCAGUUCUCGCCCGUCGAUGCGCGCCGAGCAUUUCCUUGUUUCGACAGGCCUGACAUGAAGGCAAAUUUUACCAUCAGUAUUAUACGUGAGAGCAGCAAGGCCAUGUCGCUAUCCAAUAUGCCUCUUAGACGAAGCAGCCCCCAUCGGCCAGGCUAUAUACGCGACGACUUCCUCACCACGCCGAAAAUGCCCACAUACCUGGUAGCAUUCGUAGUCUCCAACAUGGUGGGCUCAAGCUACGCCAACAUGGAUAGCGCUCUCAAGCCGCGAGUAGAGAUCUGGACUCGUCCAACCUUUACGGACAUGACGAACUACGCUUACAAUAUGGUGCGCAAGUUCCUGCCCUUCUUCGAGGAGUACUUUGGCAUCAAGAACAAGCUGCCCAAAAUCGAUUUGGUCUCUAUUCCAGACUUUGGAUUCGGAGCCAUGGAAAAUUGGGGUCUUAUUACUUUCCGCGAUUCGGCGCUGCUUGUUCCCGAGGAUCUUGAGCUUGCCUCAUCCUCCGAGCACAUGCAGUACGUGGCUCAGAUUAUAGCUCAUGAGCUUGCUCAUCAGUGGUUCGGCAAUCUAGUGACCCCCAAGUGGUGGGACGAUCUCUGGCUGAAAGAAGGAUUCGCCUGUUACAUGAGCUACAUUGCGCUUAACAAUGCCCAUCCCGAAUAUCAGAUCAUGGAUACAUUUACAGUUCUGGAGUUUAAAGAGUCCAUGCAGCACGACGCUGAUAAUACCUCGCACGCGAUCUCCCUUGACGUCAAGUCCACUAGCGACAUUCGUCGUAUCUUUGAUCCUAUAAGUUACUCUAAAGGCACAAUAUUGUUGCGCAUGCUUAACUCGAUUGUAGGUGAUGAAGCAUUCCGCGCUGCCACGCAGGAUUUGCUGCAAUCAUUCGCUUACGAAAACAUAGAUCGCAAUGAUCUGUGGGCCUAUAUGACGCGCCACGGCCAUUUGAAGGGCACGUUGCCAAAGAAUAUGGAUAUCAAACAGAUCAUGGACCCAUGGAUUAAUCAGCCAGGCUAUCCGGUAGUAUCUGUAGAGAGAAGUGGCGCAAAUUUAGUGCUGCGGCAAGAGCGAUAUCAGCUUCCUGCCCGCAAUCCCGCAGAUAAAAGCCGCUGGGUCAUUCCCAUCACAUAUGAAACAAGCGAGCUACACAAAGGGGACAACAUACCAACGCACUGGAUGCAGGCGGACCAGGACCAACUUCUCAUAAAUGACGUCUUCACCACUAGCAACAAUGAAGAUAAUGUCGUCUAUUUGAAUCUGAAUCGUCAGGGCUACUAUCGUGUCAACUACGACAUGCCCUCUUGGCUAGCUCUGAAGAAAAACUUCAGCAUCAUUCCGCGUAUCACUCGCGCUCAACUGCUGGACGAUGCUCUUCAUCUAUCGCAGGCCGAAUUUUUGUCCUAUGACAUACCUCUUACCUUUCUAAUAGAGCUCGUCACGUCCGUCGACGACGAAUUACUAUGGAGCGCUGCAAAAUCAGGCAUCAACUACCUUACCUACAGCUUGAAGCGAGAGCCAGCUUAUGAAACAUUCAGAGCCUUCAUGAAGUUCAUUGUGCGUGCUGCGUUCGAUAGAUACGGCCUGAACGAGCCUGACAAUGAGUCUCAUCUUCAGCUUAAGCACCGUGCUCUGGUGGCAAACUUCGCGUGUAAGUUCAACUAUGAUCGCUGUACCCAAGCUGCACACAAGAAAUUCCGGGACUGGAUGCUUGCCCCCAAGAAAAAUCCUAUUAAGCCCAAUCUUAAAUCAGUCAUCUACUGCACGGCCCUCGCGGAAGGUUCUUAUCCUGAGUGGUACUUCGCCUAUAAGCAGUACAAAUUAACGACCAGCGCAUCCGAGAAGGAGGAGAUUUUAGCAUCGCUGGGCUGCACCACCAAGCCAUGGCUGCUUUCGAAGUAUCUAAAUAUGACCAUUAACUCAACUUCUGGCAUUUUAAAACAGGACGGCGCGCUUGUUUUCAGAGCGGUUGCCUCCAAUGCGAUUGGCUAUGACAUCGCUUUCGAUUUUCUGCAGACUAACAUCAAGGAAAUCGCUGAAUAUUAUGGCGACGGCUUCUCCACAUUAAACGAGAUGAUUAAGUCACUCACCAUUUAUAUGAACAAGGAGUUCCACAAACAACAGCUUCAACAAUUUGCCGCGCACUGCCGCACUCUAGGUCUGAAGACAGUGGAGGCAGCGAUAGAGCUGGCCAUGCAGCAGGUCAAUGACAACAUCCACUGGCACAAGAACUCCUACAAUAGUCUGAAGAGCUUCCUCGAGAGCAUAGUCAGCGAGUUCCGUAUCAACAUCUUCUAAGUGACACAAAAACAGCUUCAUUUAAAAUUGUUUUCAAAUUUCUUAUUACCAAAUGAGAGACCUAAUUUAAUUGCCUCAAUAUAAUUUAUAAACAAAUUCAUUUGCGAAAAAGUGAUAUAAACAUGUAAGUUUGCUAAUUAAUUUAAGUGAAGCCCAAAAAUUGAGUGUGGGUUAAUUUUCGGAAUUUUAAUUUAUAAUUUCUGUGGCCAGCUUUGAUCACUUUUGAUUUGUCGCAGUGUUAACACAUACACACAUACAUACAUACUUACAUAUAUAUUUAUGCAUAUUUAUAAUAACGUUCCUAUAUCUUACAUAAUUCAAAUCCUGCUAAAACUUAAUUAAAUAGAAGUAAUAAUCAUCAUCAGCGCGCAAUAGCCAAGCCCCAUUCUUCAUUCAUUCCCUUGAACUCGUAAGUUACGCAACAUUUUUUGUUUUGUGUCAUGUUUAUUUUAUAAUGUGUAAUAUUCAAUGCUGCUUAUGUAAAAUGUUUUCAAAUUUCAGAAAUGUAAUGCAAACUAUUUGCGGACUAGUAUUUAGAUAAAUUAGCACUUAAGUCAACCAAAAAUACAUGUUAAACUAAUUACUUGUUUUUGUAUGCGUAUUACACAUACAUACAUACAUAAAACGCAUACGAGCAGAUAGUAUGUAAUGCAAAUGCAUACUCUUCGAGAUCUAGAUAUGUAUAAGCAAGCAUGAGUCCCAUAUGAAAUACAGCUGUUUAAACUUUUAUCACAAACGAUGUUAUUGAAUGUAUAACAAUUGAAGAUUGACACAGCCUUAUUACGGAAACCUGCAGUGUCCUUAUCAAAUUUUAUCGAAAAGUUUCAAGCAUAUUUUUAUUGUAUCUAUUAGCAGAAAAUAUAGAAAAAAUAUAUGUAUGUAUACAUACAUACAUCCACAUAUAUUUUGUAACGCAUACCACGAAUAUUUCGCUUAAUGCACAAUCAUGUAAAUAAGUUUAAAGCUUCGAAGUCAAAUAAAUCAUACUAUUACAUACAUA